AUGACCGACUGUGUGACCAGCCCGCGGAUAUCGAUCGAGGUUGAGACAACGGGGAACUAUACUGAUCGUAUACUCUACCUUUACGAUCAAAUACCGGCGCUAUGGACGAUGCUGACACCUAGAUUUCGAAGGGAUGACAUCAUCCAUCAGACAUGGUAUGAUGGCCUCCGAAACCCCGAGAGGGGUGUGUGGGAGCAUGUGAUGAUCUUUCAAUACGUGGAUAUGAGAAAUGCAAAUGAGAGUCACGAGCAAAAUGCUUCAACACAAGAAACAACUAUUUCGAUAGGGAUUUUGUACAUGGAAAACGCCCCGGAAUACAACUUGACCAUGUCGGAAAUUGACUCUCAAGACUGGAUUUUCGGUAUCGGACGUGCUUCACAAGCUUACUACUCGAAAGUCGAGUGCGACAUUCGCCGAAAUCGUCCGGAAGAUAAUAAUCUCUGGGAAGCCUACCCACAAAUUCGAACGAAUUGUAACCUCGCGAGAGAAAUGGAUGCCUACUGGUCAGUAACAGCUAUAGUGCCAGCAGAUGGAAGUGGCGAGAAAUUCGCAAUCAACAUGCCAUCGUCUGAGGACCUGCUCCGCUUCUAUCAGUCCUACAUGAUCGCAAAGGACACGUAUUACCCCUUACCCUCCACAAAGCAAACAAGCGUGAGACUCAGCACUGUAGAACUCUCGAUCGCCUUCAUUGUUGUCUGCGGACUGAUCCUUCUUGUCGUCAUAUAUGGCCUGCUUCAUUGGGUAUUGAUGAGAUGGAAGUAUAGAGAAUCCCUUCAAAGUAUCCCUGGUACCAAGGUGGACUGGGUGCUGCAGUCGAUCCAAGAAUCACGAACGGUAUCAACAACACAAGUGGAAUCUCAAAACCAGCUCGAAACAAGAAUCUUCCCACUGGCACAAGUCCUCGAGUCAAGAAGAGAGCUUUGGCUUGGUGCGAAUUACACCGCCAAACAGAAUGCGAUCGCAGAAGCAUUUGGUAGAGUGUACUCUGCAAAUCCGACCAGCGUCAACGAGAAGACUCCAAACACGGAAGCGGUUGAUCAGGGUGCGCAAAACACAGAAUUGAGCAUUUCAGCAUCUCAAGCCGAGCAACCAGGACCCGGGGGCACAUCAUCACAUCCACCCAGCGAAGAGCGUCAGCAGCCAUCGAAGUCCAAGCCAGCCGUUUCUGUAUCCAUUCCAGAUAUAUGA